GCCCCCGGGACAGGAGCAGGCGGGAGCCGCCCCCGCACGGGGCGGAGGGAGCGCACGGGCACUGGUUCCUCUCCACCCCGAGAGGUGGCCCCGGCGCUGCCCGGAGCCGCAGCCCUCUUCCUUUCCCUCCCUCCCUUUCUCCCUCCCCCGUCCCCACCUCUCCUCCAAAACCGCAGGAGCCGCCGCGGCCCCGCUUCACUCGCUCCGGUGCCAGCAGCGGAGCGGGGCGGGCCGUCCCUCGCCGCAGGCACGGCCCGGAGCGGGAGCAGCCUCGCCGCCUCCCCGCCGCCCCACUGCCAUGGCCGGUGUCGCGGCCCAGCCUUGACGAUGCUGCUGGGCGCCCCGCGGGCGGGCGGCUGGGAUCGCGGCCGGGUGGGCGAGAGGCUGCAGGCGGCCCUGGCCGGCCUCCAGGAGCUCCAGGUGCUGCGGGAGAAGCAGCGGGAGCUGGUGCGGGCCGCCCUGGCCAUGCCGCAGCGGCCGGCGGCGGGCGGAGGAGAGCAGCCCCUGUCCGCCCACAGCAAGGAGCACCGGCUGGAGGCCACCCUCACCGCCCUGAAGGAGCAGCUGUCUCGUUUGAGGAGACAGGAUGUCGGCUUGAAAAGCCACCUGGAUCAGCUAGACCAGCGAAUAAGUGAGCUGAAAUUGGACGUCAGUAAGACCUCCAGUGAAUACUUGGAUAGUGACAGCCGGCCCAGCUCAGGCUUCUAUGACCUGAGCGACGGUGGUUCUUGCUCACUCUCCAAUUCUUGUACCUCUGUGUACAGUGAGUCCAUUUCCUCCUCCCACACCAGUCUCUUGCCUGGCUCUCAACACCCUAAAGCAAGGCUCAGUGUGUUUGAUUACCGACCCAAGUCUGCAGAUGAAACUACUGUGCACACCGCCAGCUUCCAACAGCAGGGAACCUAUGUCAGCGAUGGAUGUCGGAUUACAGCUAGCACAGACAUUUCUGGGACUCCUGCCAGGUCCCGACCGAGGCCAGUUUCCACAGGUGACUUGGAAAGACUCAUUCCAGCAGACACUAGAUUUCAGAAAGAGACAGAUCCCAAAUCCAUGUUGCCUCUGUCCCGUGCCGGAGACAUGCACUUGCUCAACAUGGACCCCAAAUUCCAGAACGACUUGAUCUCCAAGAACGGUAUUGAUGUGUAUCCUUACCCAAGCCCCCUUCAUGCAGUGGCUUUACAAAGUCCUCUUUUCUCCCUGGUGGGGACAUCCCGAGAAGCAGACCUCCAAACUUCUCCCAACAAACCCGUGCCUAGUGCGACAGGUCCCAGCUUGAUUAGGACUAGGCCAACCACUGAGGCCAAGCCAGGGGGUUACAUCAAUAAAUUACUGCAGCUGACGAGAUGCAAAGGGAACAAUCGGGCUGAUGCCAGUGAGUGGGUUUCAACAAAGACCCAGCCAGCCACAAUGCACCAGAGACUCAUUAUAACCCCCACCGCCGGUGGAGUGAAAAUUAACAGCAGCAAUAGCCAGCUGGAAAAACAAGCGAGUUCUCUGGAAAGUAACAAAGCUGAAGGGAAGCUGCAGAGAGAGGUGCCGGAGGGGGAAUGUGCCAAGCAGCAGGAGACCAUGCACAGUGUGAAUGAAGAACAGCCAUCCACCCGGCCUGACACAGAGCCAUCAGCUGUGAAUAGUUGUUAUCCUGCCAAGGCGGCAGCAAGGGGCUCUCCUCUGUCAGAAACCACAGAGAGCAGCGUGGAGCGAGGUUCAUCCUGCUCGCAGCUGUGCCAGGAGGACUCCAGCCUGGACACCUGGAACGCUAAAGCCAUCCCUCCCAGAAAGCUGCCCCUCAAAAAGUGUGGCAAUGCCAAAUUGCCUAACGCCGGUGGUCAUGAGCGACUGGCACGGAGUGAGUUCGUUCAUGCUCAGUUUGUCCCUGCAGAAUCCCACCAAGUCCGGGUCAAGUUUGCCAGCUCCAAAACAAAGGCAGUGAAGAUAAAGAGGAGGAACAGCGAAAAGGUGCUACGGCCUGGGAAGCAAGCCUUUUGCAUGGAGAAGGCCAGAGGGUCCCACGGGGCUGCCAGGCUGCCGGCUGAGUGGAAUCAGUCCCAAAGACCGCACGGAGCAAAGAGCCUUGUGCGGAGACCUUCGUAUUCGGGUGACGUGACUGGCAGGUCGUGCUCGGAGUCUAGCCUGUUCCCUGUGCAGGUCAGGCUCCCCGACGUAUCAUCCAGGCCAGAGCUCUACAGAGCCUCUGCCAACGCGCUGCAUUCCCUCGAAGCAGCUUGCAUAGACACAGCCAACAAGAAGAAGCAGCGCAAGUGGCAGUCCACAGUGGAGAUCUCUGCCAAGGCCCACCUGGCCAGCCUCUCUAGUAGCUUUGGCCUGGGAGCGCCAAAGCAGCCAGCAAGGAGAGCUGGUGUCCUGCGCACUGUCAGCAUGAGGGCUCGCUCCAAGAGCCAGCGCCACGGAGGCUAUGCCAAAAGCGAGUCAGACCACUCCGAGUACUCCGCAGAGUGUGCUUCCCUCUUUCACUCCACCAUCGCGGAGACCAGCGAAGGGGAGGUCAGCGAUUUCACCACUAACCGUUUCGGGGACAGUGAGUCCAGCGAAAGCGAUUCGGAUGGCAGCAGUAACAGUAGCAGCCUUGCCUUUGACUACGAUGAGGGGGAUGAAAGUGAACUGAUUUGGCCUGAAGGUUCGGUCAGACAGUCGGGGACUGUCCAGGCCUCUUCCAAGCCACUUCCCCCAGUACCCAAAAUCUGUCGCAUCAAAGCUUCAAAGGCGCUAAAGAAGAAGAUUAGGAGAUUCCAACCUGCCUCUCUGAAAGUCAUGACCAUGGUUUAAGGGAGAGCAAGCAUCCAUUUCUUACAGCGAGACAUGCUGCUGGCUCUCACUUGCAAAACAAGAGAACCCACGUGCAGAGAAAAGGACUUGCUUAAACGAACUGUGAAUAACCCCUGAAUCAAGACAAGGGAUCUUGUUUGUUAAUGCCUGGACAUAAAUGUCACUGUAUGUAAUUUCCUCUUUUGCCAUUUAUUCUGUAAAUAUGGAUCUGUGUAUAUUGUGUGAUGCCUUUUUUUACUAUGCAGAAGGAUCACCAUGGUGAAAAUGAAAACAACCUCGGCCGUAAGAUUUUACAGGCAAGCUCUUGAUGGUUUGUUGACCAUACGUACCCACAGAAUCAGUCCCAGACACGAAGGCUUCCCAAGAAGAGGGGCUCUUCCCAGCUGGCUGUUUGGUAGCAUCCCUCCCUCUUGUGAGGAAUUCUUUGCAGGCUGAAGUCUGCAUUAACCAUCCAGCUGUCACUGCGCUCAUAUGGAAGAGCUCUCAGUGUUCUCCAUAGUUUUACUUCCUUUCAGAUCAGCCAUCCCAUACCUUCUCCCAAACAUCAGGAGGACAAGUCUGUUCUUCUGUAAAAACACGCUAUGUUUAAUCAAGAAGGCGGAUGUAUUUGUGCAUGAGAACGAGCAGCUUGUUUCCUGUUUUCAAAAUUGAGAGUAUAAGGGAUUUUUUUUCAAACCCCCUGUUUAUGAUCAUCCAUGUUACUGUUCAUUUUUUGAAUGGGGGAAAGAACGUGAGGGCUCGGUGCCACAGUGUGUGAAUAGCUGGGACGGAGAUUAUAGCUUUGCCCCUGAAAUUGCAAACUCAAUAAAUACUAUUUAA